AUUGGUUUUACAUAACCUCAAACUCGUAGUCAAAUUGUAAAUAAAUCUCUAUAAAUUACGUGAAAUUUUAAUUUUAAGUGUUAAUUUAACAUAAACUAAAUAUAAAUAAUGUCCAAACUACUAGUAGAUCAAUUGUCACAUCCCCAAAGAGUACGUAUUUUGUAUAAAACAAUCCUACGAUUGCAUAGAGGUUUGCCGGAUGAGUUGAAAGAUUUGGGUGACAAAUAUGUUAAAGAUGAAUUCCGAAGGCAUUUAAAAUGCAAUCCCAUGGAGGCACAACUAUUUAUGACAGAAUGGGCAAAAUAUGCUGUUACUAUAAGCAAACAACUAGGUAUACGCGGCAAGCCAUUGGGAACAAUUGGCGAUGAUUUAGACAAGGAAACUGUAGAAAUGUUAAAUGAUGACCAAACCGUUCAACUCUAUGAAUUGAUGUUAGCAGCCAAAGGCAUUGAAGGCGAUGUCAUAACAAAAGAAGAUGUUACAAAAUAAAAGAGAAUUGCCUAUGUUUAUUGUUUUUCCAAUAUUUUGUAUUCAUA